AUGUCUGGGGGGUUGGAGCUGGGGGCUAUGUUGGAAAAGGGUGAAGAAGGGAAGGCAGGGAUUAGUGUAGGGUCUAAGUUGGGUGUUAGGGUUGGUUUAGUGAGGGGUGGUAAAGGUAGGCGAAAGGUGCUCUUGGAAGAGGGGGUGAAAGAGAGAUUUUGGGAGGUUUUAGACGAUGUGGUGAGAAGCGUGCCUAGCUUGGAUAAGAUUGUCAUAGCAGGGGACUUCAAUGGGCACAUUGGGGUUUUACUAGGAGGCUAUGACAGCGUGCAUGAAGGUUUUGGUUUUGGUGAAAGAAAUGGUGAAGAAGCUUCCUUGUUGGAUUUUGUGAGGGACUUUAGGCUGGUGGUAGUGAAUUUGAGCUUUCCGAAGAAGGCAAAGAAGGAGGAUCACCUGAUUACCUUCUGA